AUGGAAACGGUGAUGGAAGAUGUAGAAGAGUACAACUACAGAGAAGUGAAGCUUCCAUCUCUGAUCCCAAUAGUGCCUGAACCAGAGCUUGAGAGAGAAACAGGAGAAAGAAGAAGAGGAAGAGAUAUAGUUAUAGCUAUAGAUCAUGGUCCCAACAGUAAACAUGCUUUUGAUUGGGCUCUUAUUCAUCUAUGCAGACUUGCUGAUACCAUCCACCUCGUUCAUGCUGUUUCUGAUGUGAAGAACCAGAUUGUGUAUGAUUUGACUCAAGGGCUGAUGGAGAAAUUAGCUGUCGAGGCUUUUGAAGUUGCAAUGGUAAAAACAGUAGCUCGGAUUGUGCAAGGUGAUCCAGGAAAAGUAAUUUGCAUGGAAGCAGAGAGGACUAAACCUGCAGCUGUGGUUCUUGGAACUAGAGGCAGAAGCUUAUUUCAAAGUGUGUUACAAGGAAGUGUUGGUGAGUAUUGCUUUCACCACUGUAAAGCAGCACCUGUUGUAAUUGUUCCUGGAAAAGAUCUUGGGGAUGCAUCAAUUGUCUAA